GAAUACAUGGAUUACAAAAUGGGCGAACAUGGGAAAGUAAAGUUUCCUUUCCAAAUCAAAGACCAAUUCUUUGCGCGUAUAAUAUUUGUUAAAUCUCACAAAAGAACUUUCAGUUUUCAAGAAUCAUUCUUUUUCCCAAAUUCCAUAAAAAAGCGAUCAGAUUCUAUGGAAUUUCGUGUUCACUGGAUCCUAAUUCAUAACCACCUUUGAGUCAUCUUUCAAACACCUCAAGGGUUUAUAUACCCACUUCGAAUCAUACCCACUUUUAUCAAUCAAAAUCAAUUAUUAGUUUGUAGAAAGUUUGAAUUUUUAUAAAAGAUCAAGAAAGGGGAUGGGGGGUUCCAAGAUUGAGGGAGGAACCUCUUCUUCUUCUUCGUCUUCAGCUGCUGUUCCAGUUGUUAAUCGUAGAGAUCCUUAUGAAGUUUUGAAUGUCUCAAAAGAUUCUUCUGAUCAGGAGAUCAAAUCUGCUUACAGAAAGCUUGCCCUCAAGUAUCACCCCGACAAGAAUGCUAGUAACCCUGAAGCAUCAGAACUGUUUAAGGAGGUUGCUUUUUCUUAUAACAUUUUAUCUGAUCCAGAGAAAAGAAGGCAAUACGAUAAUUCAGGCUUUGAGGCUAUUGAUGCUGAAGGCACAGACAUGGAAAUCGAUCUUUCUAACCUUGGAACAGUGAACACAAUGUUCGCUGCAUUAUUCAGUAAGCUUGGAGUUCCUAUUAAGACAACUAUUUCAGCCAAUGUUCUCGAAGAAGCUUUGACUGGAUCCAUCACGGUCAAACCCCUUCCGCUAGGAUCGUCAAUUAGCGGAAAGGUAGACAAACAAUCCGCUCACUUUUUCGAUGUAACCGUAACCGAGGAACAAGCUAAAGCCGGGAUCGUAGUUAGAGUUACUUCAACCGCCCAAAGCAAAUUUAAGCUACUUUAUUUUGAGAAAGACGUUGGCGGGGGUUAUAAUCUGUCACUACAGGAAGACAGUGAGAAGACGGGAAAGGUGACAUCAGCAGGGAUGUAUUUCUUGCAUUUUCAAGUAUAUAGAUUGGAUUCAAGUGUUAAUGCGCUAGAAAUGGCUAAGGAUCCGGAGGCUGCUUUCUUCAAAAGGUUGGAAGGUCUCCAGCCGUGCGAGGUCAUGGAGAUAAAAGCUGGGACCCACACAUUCGCCGUUUAUGGUGAUAAUUUUUUCAAGACUGCAUCCUACACAAUAGAAGCUCUUUGUGCCGCGACAUACGAGAGUACUACUCAUAAACUCAAGGAGGUCGAACAACAGAUUUUAAGAAAACGAACAGACUUACGCCAAUUUGAAACUGAUUAUAGAAAGGCUUUGGCACAAUUCCAAGAAGUGACCAACAGAUACACCCAAGAAAAACAGAAUGUGGAUGAGCUUCUAAAACAACGAGAAAACAUCCAAUCAGCUUUCACGUCUAAUAAGUCGGUUUUGGGGAGUAAAGUGAGUAAUGGAGGUAGUAGUAGGCGUGAAGGCAGCAGCCCGCGUGAAGAAGAAGGGAAGGAGAAGUCUGCAAAGAAGAGAUGGUUCAAUCUUAGCCUGAAAUUUACCGGUGAUAAAAAAGUAUAGUUAAUAAAAAAAAAGUUCAUGUUGUUCUUUUGGGUAAAUUUUUCUUGCUGUUUUGAUUUAUAAAGGGUGUUUAUAGUAGCUUCAUUCUUGUUAUGUAUCUUCAUUUGAUAUUUUUACAUAUUUUGUUGUAAAAUGGUUUUCAUUGAUUGUUCAUUUGGACAAAAACAAAUUAGUGGGCCAGAAUCAUGAUUUGGGCUGUGGGCUAUCUCAAUGCCUUAUGUUGUUAUAUACUUUUAUAUACCUGUUGCUAGUUCUUUUA